AUGUUGUCAAGACGUCUCUUGUUUUCUGUUGUGUGCAAGCCACAACAAUUCUCUCUCUUUGCUUCGCAAGCUGCUUCCUAUCAUACCAUCAGAUCAUUGAAUGCUGCUGAUCAAGCCUCAGCUGCACCAAAAUUCAAUGUUGAAAUGUUAUUAAAGGAACAAAAAGAAAAGCAACGUUUGAAGGAGUUGGAAAAGAAGCUUCAACGGGAGCAAGCAGCAAAAUUGAAGGCCCAAAGACAAAAGUCAAAGGAGAGACUUGCUUUGGCUGCUCAAAAGCAAGCUGAAAAGCAAAAGCAAGCCAAUAUGAGAAAGAAGGAUCCAAACGCUCCAAAGAGAGCCUUGACUCCAUUGUUGUGGUACACUACUCGCAACUUUGUUGCUGUUCAAAACGAAUUGACUCAAAAUGGAACCAUCACAACUGAGACUCAAUCGAAAUUUACUGUGGUUCAACGUGAAUUGAAGAAGAGAUGGGAUGCUUUGGGUGAGGAAGAAAAGUCUGCCUAUGUCGAUUUGGCUGCUCAAGACAAGGCCCGUUAUCACAGAGAGAUGGGUGCUUACAAAAGAAGAAAGCAAGCAAAUAGAAGACCAAUCUCCUCUUAUUUACGUUUCUACAAUGAUGUCAGAGAAACAUUGAAGAAGGAAUUCCCUGAUGCUAAGGUUACUGAAUUGAGCAAGGUUGCUGGUCAAAGAUGGAGAGAAUUGGAUGCCAAGUCCAAGCAAAAGUAUGUUGAUGAAUAUCAAGAAGAAAUGGAAAGAUGGGAAGAGGAACAUGGAGAAAAAAUGUAUUAA